AUGCGCUGCCUAACCCUAGCGAUUAUUGUCCUGCAACUCGCACUCCAGCAUGCAUCAGCGACAGUAGGCGUCCUUGACAUCGACGACCUGCUACGAUCAGAUCUCCAACAGCACCUAUCCACUCCAAGCGAAGAUCAUCCGUAUGCGCCAUGGUCUCACAAACCGUACUGCAUGACUAGCAGCUAUCUCCCCACCCUCGGCCAAAAGUAUUGCGUCUACAUCUCCAACACGACGGGCCCACACGGCCUCUCCCUGAUCUUUCCCCCAAGAUCCGCCCAUCUAGCGUUGGAAUAUCUCGACGACAACCCGCUCGAUAAUUUCCUCACACAAAAGGAUGCUGAGCGCCUCUACUUCGGUGGUCAGCCAUGGAAAAUCGUCGACAUACCCGGAAAAGCGAAAGGCGUAGUGGCCACUCGAAAGAUCAAGAUGUACGAGACCUUCAUGGUUGAUCAGGCCGCUGUUGUUGUGGAUAUGGGGGCGGAGAAAGCGUUGAGUGAGGCUGAGAAUAAGAAGCUGAUGAAGAGGGCUGUGGAUCAACUGCUCGUGCCGGCGAUGAUUAGGGAUAUGAGUUCUGCGCAUUCAGGGAAAAGCCAUGAGGGUGAAAAUGAUGGAGAUGGCGAAGAGGAAGGAAGCUUAGAAGAAGCCAUCAUGAAGACGAAUGCGUAUGGUAGUACGGUUGCGGAGGUCAGCUCAAGGGCGUUGUAUCCGCUGAUCUCGCGCAUCAAUCAUGCAUGCAACCCAAACUCCUUCGUUCUCUUCUCCCGCGCAGGUGUCUCAAUGGCCAUCAAGGCCUAUCGCGACAUUGAAGCCGGCGAAGAGAUCACCGUCUCUUAUCUCCGCCGCACAAUGAUCGCGCAAGCCGAGGAGAAGAUCAUGGAGCUGGCAAAGGCCUACAAACUCGAUGAAGCCAUAGUCCUCGCAGAGGAGUCCGUCGAACUGAUCAAAGAAGAAGGAGUCUGGUCGAUGUUGACCGAUGAGUAUGCCAUGUUGGCUAUGCUAUGGUUGGAGAAGGGCGAUAAGGAGAAGGCAGAAGCGUAUGGCGAGAAGACGCAUAGGUUGUUGUCCGAUUUGGGGUUUUUAGGUAUUGGAGAAGAUAGGGAGGCGUGGAAAUUAGAGACCCUCUUAAAGAAUAUUGGAGGUUUGGGAGGAAUAGGUCAGCUUUGGAAGAAGGGCCCUUUGAGAGGGUGA